AUGGCCCGAGUAAGACAAUUCCGCAUUCCCCAGUUCGAAAGCGCAGAGCGCAAGGGCCGUGACGCUGUGUUCGGUGCAGACUACGUCAGCGCAGUAACCGAGGAGGUCAACAAGCUGGGAUGUUCCAAGGUGUACCUCGUCGCGUCGACGAGCUUGAACGCGCAGACGGAUGCGGUCAAGAGACUGGAGGAGGCGCUUGGCAACAAACUGUGCGGAAAGAAGAUCGGUGUGAAGAGCCACACGCCGUACGACGAGGUGCUCCAGAUCGCGAAGGAGACGAAGGAGAAGGGCGCCGACAUGAUCGUGACGCUAGGAAGCAGCUCGUACAGUGAUGCGGGGAAGGCCGCCCUAUCUCUCAACGCUGGACAUGCAGACGACAAAACAGGCUGGGCAAUGAGCUCGCCGGCGACCGUCAAAGAACCGACUCUCAAGCUCAUAUGCGUGCCUGCCUCUCUUUCGGCGGCGGAGUGGAACGAAAUCAGCGGCUGUACGAACCCGAUCACUCGCAAGAAACAGCACUUCUCCCACCCCGCCGGUGCACCGAACCUCAUUGUGCUCGACCCGCAGCUCGCGCUCACGACCCCACUGCACCUCUGGCUUAGCACGGGCGUACGUGCGGUGGACCACUGCGUCGAGACGCUCUGCACGGACAGAAGCAGCGCCGAGGUCAAGGACGCCGCGGAGGAGGGCUUGAGGGCUCUCACGGAGGGGCUGUUGAAGUGUAAGGAGGACGAGAAAGAUGUCGCCGCGCGUGCUGAAUGCCAGAUCGGCUCGUGGAAGGCGGCGCGGAAUAUCCUAUCCAAAGUCCCACUGGGUGCGUCGCACGCGAUAACGCAUCAGCUGGGCGCAUUUUGCGGUAUACCACACGGCAUAACCUCCUGCAUCAUGCUCUCUCCGGUGCUGAAGUACAACGCGGCGCACUCUCCGUGGAACGCACAGCUGCAAAAGCGGGUCUCAGCGAUCUUCUGGUCCGCUAUACCGGACACCUUUGUCCGGGCAGGAUUGGAAGAAGCUCAGGCUGACGCCGGAGACCUCGUAAAGGCCUUCGUGCAGGCUCUGCAGUUCCCGACGACAUUGACGGAGGUGGGUGUCGGCGAAGAUGUAUGGGACAACGUUGCAAAGGCGUCCCUGGAAGAUGCGUGGGGAAAGACGAACCCUGUGCCGCUUGAAAGUGUUGAGCAGGUGAAGGAGAUCCUCGCGAUGGCCAAAUGA